AUGAGAUUAUUAACUUUAAGUUCUGUUAUAUGUUCAAGUAUUGAUGGUGGAAUUACAUACUGGGAUGUUGUCCUUGGGCGGAAAGUAAAAAGCUUGGCCUUUCACACAUCUUGGAUUACUGCAAUAUACUACUGGGAAAAGACAAAAACUGUCGUCACUAUUAGUCAUGAGGGCAUUAUUGCAUUUUGGCAAGGCCUUUUACUAAUAGACUGGUAUAAUAUGUACCAGGCCGUCUAUAAUUGUCUGGUAAUUGACAAUUUGAAGGAAUUCGUUUGUGCAAAUGGGGACGGAUUACUUAUAAUUCCAGCUGAUAGACAUCGUUCAACAGGAAAGUUUCUAAAUAAUUGUAAAAAGAAACAGUUGCAAGGACACGCUGAUGUGGUACGUUGCUUGGUUAGUUUUGAAAAUCGCAUGUUUUCAGGAGGAUUUGACGGUCAAAUUAUUGUCUAUGAUACAAGUGGUAAAUUGGAUUUGACAACUAGAAUUCUAGUGAAGAUCCCCAGAGCACAUAAUGGCAUAAUAUCUUGCCUAGUUAAAGCUCACAGUGUACAAAACCAACAGAAUCUAGUAAUAAGUGGAAGUUUCGAUAGAUAUGUAAAAGUUUGGAAUGAUGAAGGACAACUAAUGUACACAGUUGAAAAUUUUAAUAACCCUAUUAUCAGUAUCGCUCAUAUUCCAACUACCGAUACAUUCUGGGUUACUUCUGGUGGUUGUCAGGCUAGAAUUUUCGAUGUACAAACAGCUGAAGAUGUGACAGAUUUUGUGAAUACUUUUAUAAAUUGGGGAAAAAAGCCAUAUCAGUUACGUCUAAUCACAUUCUGUCCAGAUCUAAAUAUGAUAGUAGGUUCUACAAGUCGUCAGUAUUUACUUAUCUGGAAGUAUAAUAGUGAAUCAAGUGCGCUAACAUUGCAGACUGAAAGUGGAAUCCAGUGUCUUUGUGCAAGUUAUAAACCGCCCUUCUCUUUAUUUUCUUCUGGUUCUGACAAUCACCUAUUAAGAUGGGAACGUAAAGGUCAAACGCAUUUUUCUUAUAUGAAACAAGAGGAAAUGAUUCAUGAAUCGAUUGAAGAAAAAUUGUUUGAAUGGCUUCAAGAAAAGAUGCGUACUCAAACUGUUCAGACUAGAGAAAUAGAAGCACUAAAAUCAUCAUUACCGAGGACUUUGCUAUUAUCAACUUCACCGUCAAUAACAUCCUUAAACAAAAGCUCUGUUCAUGCAUCGAAACGAUCAGUUACCUCCUGUUCACACUAUCGACAUGAAUCACCGAUCAGAGCUAAAUCAAGGAUGAACACACCAGUUGACACUCAUAUUCAAAAUGUACCCAACAGUAAUUCAAAGGAAGUAACAAUUAACAAGGCUAGAGGAAAAAAUUUCUUACGUAUGCUCUAUGUAGACGAGUUGGAUUUUCUUAUUGCAGCAUGUGAAGACGGAGUGGUAUAUGUACUUGGCUAUGAUUUAAAUGCAACCAAGAAAUUCUUAACCAAUGCAUCAUUCACUGAUGAAAAGGAUCACCUGGACCAUCAUGCAGAAAAUAUUCUCCAAAUCAGGGAUUCUACUGAAACAGGAGAUUCCAAUGAAAAAAUUCUCAACUCACCAAAAUUAUUAAAAAUAUUUAAUAAAUUAGAAGGAAAUAGUGAACAAGAAGAAAGCACAAACCAACGUAGUGACAAUAGCGAUAAGAUAAACAGUUGUAUACGUAAGAAAUCAAAUCCCUUGAUACAAAUGGCCGAUGACAGACAAACUUUAGAAUCUGUCAGUCGACAUCUAUUUGGAAUGAAAUGUCGCUUUGUAUUAAUGGGACACAAAGAUUCUGUCACAAGUCUAAUGAUCAUAAAGUAUCCAGAAGAUCCUAUUCAUCAGUUUGUACUGGUAACUUCUGGCUGGGAUCGCCGUAUAUGUAUAUGGGACUUAAAAUCUGGAACCUUAAUUGAUAAAUUCCAUGAAACUGUUGACGCUGAUGAGAAAGAUAAUCAGAAGGCCUCGAAAGGAGCUAUAUUAGACAUGGCAUAUGAUCCUGAACUAAACAUCUUCGCUUAUGCCUGUUCUGACUGGUGUAUCUAUAUUCGAAAAUUUUCUUUAAAUGGAGGUGAGAUGCAUCUUCAGAAUAAAUUAAUUGGACAUAGUGGACCAGUGAAUUCUAUUAUUUAUAAGCCAUCGAAUACAGAUAGUAACAAUCAAAGUGAAUGGAUAUCUGGAUCUGAUGACUGUACAAUUCGUGUAUGGAAUACAACAAACCAAGAAGCGGUAUGCCGAAUGACACUGAAUACAAAUGGUCCAAUUACAUGUCUUUGUUUGGAUACCAAACGAAAUAUUCUUCUCUCUGGAGUUGACAAAGAAAUUAAAAUUUACGAUCCACAGACUGGUCAUGUCUAUCGCAACUACAAAGGUCAUCAAGAUAUUAUAAGGUCUAUAGUUGUACUACCUGAAGACGAUGAGUAUAUAUCUGCAAGUGCUGAUGGUCAAAUUCGUAUAUGGAGUGCAUGGAAGGGAAGCCGAAAUCCAAUACCAGUUGCUUCAACAGAUAACGAUUCCGCACUUGAGGCAGCCAAAAUAGCAGCAAUUAAGUUAUCAUCAAAUCCAGCAGCAUCGAUUGGUGCGGCUGCACGAGCAUUCAGUAAGGCUGGACGAUUUCGGUGUAUUGUUGAAUGUUUAAUCAGACAUGAACGUGUAAAAUAG